AACUAGAUAGAGAUAGGAGCUUUGAGCCAAGUGUGUAAUCAGUCGUGUAACUGCUGGAGAGCUCAGAGUGUUUGAUUCCAAUCGAAUUACACAGAUUAGUCAUUGUGACCAAUUCAAAAAUAGCCCAGGCCUUGGCUAUGGCUACGUCUAUACUUGGGGAAGAACCACGAUUUGGAACUACUCCUCUGGCCAUGCUGGCUGCGACUUGCAACAAAAUUGGUAACACCAGUCCUCUUACCACUUUGCCCGAUUCUAGUGCUUUCGCGAAGGGCGGAUUUCAUCCAUGGAAGAGAUCGCCUUCUAGUUGCAAUUUGGGAUCCAGCCUCCCUGGAUUCACAGUGGCGACAAGUCGGGGAUCCGCCGGACUAACAUCAACGACUGCCACAGCCAACAGCGCAUUCUGCUUAGCCUCCACCUCCCCGACUUCCUCUGCAUUCACUGUCGAGUACAGCAGUCUAUUUUCCAACUCGGCAAACGUAUCUUCACAAGAAUCGGGACAAUCUGCGUUCAUUUCCAAAGUUCACACCUCAACAGACAGCCUGUACCCGAGGGUAGGGAUGGCUCAUCCGUAUGAGUCCUGGUACAAGCCUGGCUUCCAUUCAACCAUUUCUGGCGAUGUUGCAAAUGGGGCGUCUUCUUGGUGGGACGUUCACACAAACCCGACUUCGUGGCUCGAAGUUCAAAAUCCAGCAAACACCCUGCAAACCUCUUUGCACUCGGGAUCUCCCCAGGCCAUACACUCUCAACUGAGCGGCUACAAUCCAGAUUUUUCCACUUUGACCCACUCCGCUUUCAGCUCCACCGGAAUAAGUCCUACAGCCUCUCACCUUUUGUCCACUAGCCAGCACCUGUUGACACAGGAAGGUUUCAAAACUGUGAUCCCCACGUAUACGGACUCCUCAACUGCAAAUGCCAUGAUCUCAGGAGCCGGUUCGGGGAUAGGAGGCUCGUCAAGAUCAUCCAGAAGGUACUCAGGUAGAGCAACAUGCGACUGCCCGAACUGUCAGGAGGCUGAACGCCUGGGGCCUGCAGGGGCAAGCCUUCGGAGAAAGGGUCUUCACAGCUGUCACAUACCUGGUUGCGGCAAAGUUUAUGGGAAAACGUCUCACCUCAAGGCUCACCUGAGAUGGCACACUGGGGAGCGGCCGUUUGUUUGCAAUUGGCUUUUUUGUGGUAAAAGAUUUACAAGAUCUGACGAACUUCAGAGGCAUCUUCGCACCCACACGGGGGAGAAAAGGUUUGCUUGUCCAGUAUGCAACAAGCGUUUCAUGAGAAGCGAUCACUUGAGCAAGCACAUUAAAACCCACACCGCUGGAGGAGGAGGCAAAAAAGGGAGCGACAGCGACACGGACACCAGUAACCUGGAGACUCCUAGAUCCGAGUCCCCGGAACUCAUUUUGGAGGGGGUAAACUCCACCGGCGUCACGGUCAAGGACUCAUCCCCGCACAACGAGUAACAAGAAGAGCCAUCGCAAUGAAAUACGAAUGACCUCGAAGAUUGCUUUUUAAAUUAGCUACUUAAAAUUUGCAUUUGUUUUAAUAAAACGGGUCUGGGAUUUGUUUAACAUGACUUAUUGCGAAAUGUGACCGACACCAGAAACAUAUUUUAAUGGUUUUUUCUUUCUUUUUUAAUUAAUUCAGAUAACUUCACUAUACCCAGUAAUCUGAAAAGCUAUUUAAUGUACCAAUGGCCUCUAUUACGCAAAGACUACGUCGCGUGUUUCAGACAAUUCAAGACAGAUAAUAUAAAAACGUAAACAAAUUAUUUUUUGUACGGAUAAGUGCACACAGAGGUGAGCAAACCCAAUGAAUUUCGUGAGAUAAUGUGUAUUGUUGACAUUCAUUGUGUAUAUAUAAUGAGGAACAUGUUAUUUUUUCUUGUAAAUUUUAAUUAUUAUCGUUCUGUCCGUGGUUGGGUUCCUGAAAUUCAGGGAAUUUCCAUUAUUUUCGACGCACUUUGUGGAUAUCACUAUGUAUGUAAACAGCUAUUUAAAAAUUAGUUAACCAUUUCAACCUCUGACAUUCUAAAGAUAUUAUAAACGUUUACUUGUAUUAAGAUCGCAGGUAUAAGCCUUUCAUUUUCUUAUAAUUAAAAGGAUCUGCGUGAAUCCGAAA